AUGUCCCAGCAGGAUCUGGACCGUCCCUCUGCCAGAGCACCCCAUAACGAGUCCCCCGAACCAUACUCGGUCCACACCCGCUCCAGGUCAACUGCACAUGCGCAUAGUCCUAAACGGCUGUCCGUGUUCAGUGGCCGCUCUCGCAGUAACACCACCAACUCCACCACCUCUUCCCGCCGUUCCCCCGCGUCUUCCAUGACUUCCGUGGAUGCAGCUUCGCUGCCGUCGCAUGAUGACCGGGCAACCUCGGCGGCUGGUGUCCGCCAUGAACGGCCCGAGAGCGUGACCAAGUCGCUUCUUUCGCGGGGAAGCCGGAUCCUCCGUCGUCAGGGAAGUAAGUUCCACAUUGUCUCCACGCUGGACGAGGAGGAUGAAAUGGAGCGUGAAAAGCCUCGCUUUGAAGUCUCGGAGAUCUUCAGCCGGAACAAGUCACGCCAUAGUGAUGCGCAUGACCAGCUGAAGAAUCUCAUCUCGGAUCCUUUUGACUUCCACCAUCUGACUCAUACGAGCCCGUCCCAAUUUCAAUCGCUGGAGAAAGCCCGGGAGACUGACUUAGUCACCGAGUUCUCGGCCAUUCGUGCCUCUCAGAGACCUGUUACCAACCUGAAAGGAAUUCGUGCUGAAGACCUGCACUUCCGUGACUUCUCCACGGAGGAUCUUACUCAGUGUGGGACGGCCAUUGGCUGUGACGACGUUGUUCCCCCUCCGCCAACAAGUCCACCAGCAUCUCCAGGUGGUUCCUCGUCGGUCAGUCCCAAGCAGCGCGACCUCAGAGGACGAAGAGAAUCGCGCGUUAUUGAGAACUUCUCGCGGCCUGUCCCAAGGUUUCCUAGAGUUGGGUCAACCAGCCCGCCGCCGAGAGCCUCGUCCCCGAGGCUGGCAUCCUCCCCUGAAUUACCUGAGCCAGCUCCUCGCGCCAUUGACGAGAUCCUCGGUCUGUCAACCCAACCGACAUACCCGGAGCAUGUAUACUCGCAUACCGAGGAUGUAGAACAGGGUGCUGCUUGGCCUCAGAUCCCUAUGGAAGACAUGUUCCAGCCUCCUUCGGGCCAUUCCUUCCCGACCAGCGUCAACAACGAAGUGAUGAAUGCCCGCACCUCGUCAAUGUCCUUACCCACUCUGUCGUCAGACUUGGAAGACGUGCCAGAAGAAGAGGAGCCGGCCCCCUGGCAUGAAGGAGCCGGCCUCCAAACUGACGAGGUCUCACCUCGCGCGCCUGUUAUGUCAAGGUCUCCACCUCUGUCUGCGGCGCAAUCUCCAUCCAACCCUUCCCUGGCUGGCCCUAGGUCCGAUUUGUCCAUUUUUGUCGCCGAAGACUUGUCAAGAAAGUUCGCUGAGGCACUGGGUUCCCCCACCCUUCCACAGGAUCGUAUUGCACCACUGCAAGAGUCCAUGGCUCAAGAGCCAGUCCGAAGGCGAUCCUCAGUCAACUUGAAAGCCAUCCAAGAAACUAUCUAUGAGUCUUGGGACGCAGACAUUGACUACUGCUAUGAACAUGCUGCCGAGUCGAAUUGCAACUUUGACUGGACUCGCAGUUCACUUGACGAGGCUCGACAAGACGAUGCGGAAGACGGAAUUACUGGCGUGGAUGGGGACAAAGCGAUGUUUGAGCCAAUGCGGCUGAGCGCGUCCGCUGCGGACCUGGAUCAUGUCCCAAGCGCACAUGUAGUGGUUACGUCCACCCUAGAUGAUAACACUGGCAUUGCUGUGACGCAGCGAGAUAGUGAUUAUUUUCAGCCUGUGAGGUUUGCCCCCACCUUGGGGAAACAGAUUAACCCCGAUUCGCUGUACGAUGAGUAUUUGACGGCGGACACGGAGUCAGACCGACACUUCGCCUUCUACUCGCAGCCAGGUGUGAUCCAGCCUAUGGACCAGUCCGUGUCUCCCCGGAGCAGCUUUUCUCCCAUUAGCAAGUGUAACUCCCAGGAAAGUUUGAUCCUGUCCCGCGCCGCGUCGGUCGCCCGCAAACAUCGUUCCUCCGUCUCGACCGCCAGUGUUCCUGAUCUGGUGCACAGUUUGGCAAGCAGCCGUGAGUUCCACCCAUCUGAGCAGAGGCUCUCAGAUGAACUCUCAGGAAUGGGGCGCCCCGAAUCUUCCCAUCACCGGCAGACCAAGAGCCUGGCCCGCGAAGUUGAAGCCCAGCUUCUUUUCCGAGCCGAUGGCGACGCAAGCCCCGAGCCUUCAGGCUAUGCGUCCACCGUGGGUCCUUCCAUCCACGACAGAGCCAAGUCCACCACUGAAGUGGAGGCAGGCCCUUUGAUUGCCAGAGCCAUCAAGAAUGAUGCUGCAUCUAAGGCCGCCCCUCGGCGCAAGGGCCGAGCAUCCUAUUCCCUCUUCCCUACUCCUGCAGCAAAUUGA